CUCUGUCCGUUCUUUGACCUGAACGCAGUUCGGGUUGUUGAUUCAAUCUCGAAACCCAAUAUCGAAAAGCAGUAAAUCAAUCAACGAAGGUGUCGCUAGUUUACUAUAGAGGAAUGUCCAUAUCGCCACCACCGUCAGUGGCUGUAGCAACGUCCGUUCUCCUUAACAGCAGCAACAUGAGCCGGAUGGAAGACCACCUGCUGACCAGAUUUCAGCAUAUCGAUCCGGAAUUGGUCGAUGACUACAUGUCAGGACGAAGACGACAGAGGAGGAAUCGGACAACAUUUUCUCCGCAACAGCUCCAAGAGCUAGAAUCGCUUUUUCAGAAGACCCGUUACCCAGAUGUAAUUCAUCGAGAAGACGUGGCAUCCCGAACAGGGCUAACCGAAGCACGCGUGCAGGUCUGGUUUCAAAAUCGACGAGCAAAAUGGCGCAAAACAGCCCGGAUGCAAUGGUCCCGAACUCAACAACAUCAACAGUCAACGGACCAUUGGCAACGGCCAGCACUGAGGUAUCUGCAGCUUGGAUUCAAUUUAGGCUUACCGUGGCUUUCCUUACCAUCUCUCCCAGCUGGAAGCGCUGGAACGGGCCCGUCACCAUUCGGCUGCUUGGAUUCCACUCCGAACAGAACUGAAGCUCUGCUUCUGGCCUCCCCUUCUGAGAAUGGAGUUCAGGAUCACCGGGUACCUAUGAGUAAAGCCAGUGGCGGAAGUGAGAGCAGUGCCAGCAACGAGGAUCAAGUUCUAAAUUUGUCACGCACCGGUAAUGCUGCUGUGAUCAGUCAGACAGACGAUAGCAACAGCAGUGCUGACGAUGAAUCUGAAGAUUUGAUGAUGAACACGAGCGCUUACUUGAAAUCCGGCAACGAAUCCGACUAAAAUAAUCUGGAAAACUAAAACAUUUUUGGUUCAUUUUAAUCGUCUGAGAAAAGCUUCAUUUUUCUUUCAUGUGUUAUUUUCCUAGUGGCACAUAAUCUGCCCUACGUAUAACCUAGUCGUGUGUGAGCAUAUGUCAUUUUGUAUAGAUGACCAGAUUAUAGUUCAAACAUUCAUUUCUACUCCUUCACGUGAGCUUUCGCUGAAAUCCACGUAACAGUUUCAGUUCAAUCUCACAUCAAUGUAACUUUUCCUUUUACAUACAUAUUGUUGAUGUAUAUAUUUGGCGUAUUAGUUUUUCUAGACGUCAAUAUACGAAAACCUCCCCCGCACGGUAGUCUUAGGCCAUCCGUGUGUACAACAUAAUGUGAACAUCGUGAAAAGAUACGAUGACUUUAAAAGAUGCGGCCAGUUUUCCUAGCCGAUGGCUAUCUUCUACGAAUCCAUGCGUAUUAUACACUAGUAAGUCAUAAGGCUCACAUUGCUG